GCUGGCGUAAUUCUCCUUCUGAGACACGGAGAGAACAGACGCGCUACCUAUGCCGUGGGGCGAGUCCCAAGACUUGGAGGCGCCCAGCCCUCUUCCUUAUGGGAUCAACCACGAAAUCGGCAUGUGGUGUCCCAGCCAGGCAACUAUUGUGCUGUAUCUCGGGCGACUUCCCCAGGGAGAAGGACUCCAGCGUCCCCCAGUGCCCCAGCAAGAACCCACCACAGUGGAACUUCAGCCCGAAACAGAAAAGCAACCGGGAUGCGGUGUUUGUACAAAAGAAGGCUGAGCGUGCUGCUAUGCGGGCCCAUCUCCGGGAGAAAUACCAGCUGCCCAGGAGCCGGAAGGAUAAGAAGCAGGUGGAAGCAGCCGGGCAGAAGGUGACGCUGCCCCAAGACCUGCUGGCUAUUGUGAAGUCCAAGGCUCCCUCGGAAGCCGGCUCCCUCUUCCCCAGCCUGGAUUUCAGCUCCUUCCGGAUGACGGCCCAGAAUGCCGUGCAGUCUUUACAGCAGCCGAUUCAGUGCCCCAUCAUGUGAACCUGUGCCUCAGGUGCUCAUUGUCACACCAGGUGCCACGUGGGACGCAGGACUCCUUUGCUCGAACCGCAGACGUCUCGAAGAUCCCCUGGGGUUUUGGGAGGCGGGGGCUUUUUGGAACACCUGUGCGGCAUCUUCGCCCUGCU